AUGUCAGAUAUAAAUACCGAAUCAGGAGAGUCAACGUCUCUCCCCAACUCUACCGACCCUCCACUUAGCGACGUCAAUAUCGAUGUCGAGGAUGACGAUACUGCUGAGUCCAUAUCAUCGCUUCAACCCAUUGUGUCUAAUACCACAAAUCCUCCUGAAGAACCAAUAAACCCAGUGUUAGGUCAAUAUCAUCAGGCAUGUCAAAAGGGGGACCUUGCUACUGUAAAGCAACUUCUAGAUAGUGGUGUCCUUGACCUUAACACCGAUUUAACGGGCGACAUCACUGGCUUGCAUUGGGCUAGUAUUAAUAAUAGAUUAUCCGUUGUCAAGUAUUUGAUAUCUCAAGGUAUCGAUGUGAAUGCAAAGGCGGGUGAUUUGGAGGCUACUCCAUUGCAUUGGGCUGCAAGGUACGGAUAUGUUCAUAUUGUCGAUUGUCUGUUGAAUAAGGGUGCUGAUCCAACGAUGUGCGAUAUGCAAGGGUUCAAUUUACUGCAUUUAGCUGUGAAUAGUUCAAAUGUUAUGUUGGUUGCCUAUGUGUUAUUUUUCGUAGUGGCUAAGGGGAUCAUCGAUAUUGAUUGCCAAGACCCAAAGGGAAGAACACCCCUUCUCUGGGCUGCCUAUCAAGGUGAUUCACUUUCUGUGAUGCUACUAUUGAAGUUCGGUGCAAGCACUAAGAUUGUCGAUGAAGGAGGAUUUACGCCAUUGCAUUGGGCUACCGUCAAGGGACAACCAUAUGUUUUAACCCAUUUAAUACGCGAUGGUGCUGAUUUCUUCCUCAAGACCAACGACGGAAAGGAUUGUUUCACAAUUGCACAGGAAAUGAACACUUCUCAUUCUUUUAAAGAUGCACUAUCAAUCUGUGGCUUCAAUCAAGAUGGAUACCCCAAAAGGAAGUUAUUUAAGAAAAGUGACCACGCGAAAGUAAUUACUUUCUUUGUUCCCUUGGUAGCACUUUCAAUUAUCUUUAUUUUAUUUACACAUCUUCAUCCAUUGUUUGCUCUUUUAAUUUCAUUGAUAUUUGGUUUAGCUGUUAAUAAAGCAUUAAAGGAACUAAUUCUACCGUCAUAUUCUAAUUACGGGCUCCAUUCAACAAGCUUAUUGAAGUCACCUUUCCUCUCAGGAACCUUUUUUGGUAGUCUGUUAUUAUUGACAAUUGUCUGGAUAUUUAAAAUUGCGCCAUUCACCAUAUUCAAAUCCAGAUUACUAACUAAUUUUUUCAUGUUUCUGAUUUUGAUGCAAAUAUAUUAUUUAUUCAUUAAGUUAAUAUUUUCUGACCCAGGCUGUGUUCCAAUUGAAACUGAUCACGAAAACGUUAGAGGUACUAUAAAGGAGUUACUAGACACUGGUAAAUUUGAUAUCAAGAACUUUUGUCUUGAAACAUGGAUAAGAAAACCUUUAAGAAGUCAUUUCUCCACUCUAAAUACUCAUAAUGUAGCAAGAUUUGAUCAUUUUUGUCCCUGGAUUUACAAUGAUAUUGGAUUAAAGAAUCACAAAAAUUUCAUGUGGUUUAUUCUAUUGACAGAAGUAGGCAUAUGGUUCUUUAUUUCUUUAACCAUGAAAUAUUUUGAUAUAUUGGAAGAUACCAAUGAAGAUGUAGCAUGUUUCCUAUUAGGAGAUGAUGAAUUAUGUGCGGGCUUUGUGUAUGAUCGUUUCACAUUUUUAAUUGCUCUCUGGGCUUUGAUACAAUCAGUGUGGGUUGGUUUCCUCAUUGUGGUUCAAGUUUUCCAAACUUUUACGGGAGUAACAAAUAAAGAAUUUAAUAAAUAUGUCAAAGAAAAAAAGAAUCAACAUGCGUUUGAUCCGAUCUUCUUUAAUGACACAUUCAAUACAACGCCAGAAGAAUUAAGGAAUGAUGAUGACGAUACAGCCGCUUCACGAACUGGAAAUAACCCCAACCAUUCUAAUGGAACGACGAUACCGUCAGAGGGAAGCAGAAUAAAUACGAGAAAACCAAGAACCUGCUUCAAUUUAUGUUUUGCUAUAACAGGUUUAGAUCAGGUUAGAACCAUCGUUAGAGAGACAUUGGGCAUUGGUGGAGCCAAUGAAAUGAGCCGUAUGCAAUUAUUAUCCUCAAUCCCAACAAAUUAUGGAUGGAAAAGGAACUUAGCUGAUUUUUGGCUUACAAGUGAUGUUAUGGCACCAAUCUGGAGAAGACUUUUUUACUCACCUGUUGAAUCAAGAGCCUUACUAAAUGGUGUCGAAGUUGACUAUUUCAAAUUAUAUGACUUCCCAGAGAAAACCUAUCCUGAGCCAACCGGCCCUGAAAGUGUGUAG